CCAAGGUCGGAUAAAAAUUGGCCAAUGGCAUUCGUUUGCGGAUAACCUUUAUAAUAUCCUCACGUUUCUUUUUAUUGUAGCUUUCGCCACUCUCCUAAUAACUUUAUGGAGGUGGUAUCCACCCUUUAACCCUUUUAGUAGCUAAAGUUUAGUUUACAGCUGUAUUUUAUAAUAUUCUGUACUGAACAAUAAUUCCUUAUUAUUCUCCUGCUAGGAUUAAUUGUCUCUGAAGGCAUCACGCAUCCAUCGAGUCAGCUUAGCAUGAUUCUUUGUUUCUACCGUAUGGUCAACGACUGGAACUCCUUACGUCAGCAAGUAGUAUCAGCACCUUCGUUCAAGGAGAAACUUGGUUUUCACAGUGAUAUGUUUUGCAGGGAAUAGUAUGGGCCAACUGGCCUACUAUCCUUAUUACAGAAAGCGGAAACUAUACUUUCUUAUGUGAUUUCAGUAUUUUUGGAAGAAUUUUAAAAUAAUCUUUAUCUUUAUCAGAUAUUAAACUAAUAGAAUUUUCGAAUGAAUACGAAGAUACAACACACGACGUGGAAAACUAUGGAUUAUGGAUACUGGUAAAUUGACGGCGCCUAAAAUCUAUUCAUUUCAUCUCCAUGAAUACAACCAUUCGACAAGCAUUUUGUCAUGGUUUGUGGUCACCCACUAAGUCCGACUUCCUUUUUGCUCUUGGGUGUAUCUCGUUAAAUGAACAGGAAGUGGCUCUGCGCUUCGCUUAUCAGCGUGAUGUACUAAGCUCCAUGGCAGGGAAGUUACUUGUUCGUGGGACAGCUGUGCGAAAUCUUGGAAUUUGUCCAUAUGAUGUUAAACUGGAUCGUACUCUUGAAGGGAGACCUUUUCUGCUAAAUCACUGUGACAUGCUAGACUUCAAUAUUUCACAUGGUGGUGACUUUACUAUCAUUGCAGCAACUUCUAAAGGUCGAUGUGGCGCUGAUGUCAUGCGUGUAGAACUUCCACCAUUUCAAAAGUCCGUAAAUGACUUUGUAUUGAAAAUGAAAAACGUAUUCUCCCCGGUAGAACUGGACCGAAUUUUAUCUCCUGUCUCAGAAACUGAUCGGAUAAAGCGAUUUUAUGAACACUGGUGCCUCAAAGAAGCAUAUGUCAAAGCCUUGGGUUGUGGACUGCGCAUUCCCUUACGGACAAUAGAAUGUAAAUCAUCGGAUGAUGGUAAACUGUUCAUACAUAAUAAGUAUGCAGAUAAAGCGACGGAAAAUUGGGUGUUCGAAAAGCAUGCUCUACCACACAAUCACCUGGCGAUAAUUGCAUGGUUUGGAGAUUCAAAUAUGGGCACCGAAACUGAUGUUCCAAUAACGCAACUGACAUAUGAUCAGUUGAUUGACAAGUUGACAGUCAUAUACCCUGUGAAGAAUGCUGUUUGGGAUCAAUUUUUAAACAAACCACGUGCACCACCAUCAUCUCGUCAACAAAUUCCAUAUGACUAGUUCAAAAGUCCUAUUUCUUUGAUUCCCACUGUAACUUCCAAACAUUUGACAAUUUAUGCUGAAAUAUAAAGUUUUAUAUUUGAGUAAAA